GGGGGCGGAGCGGAGCCCAGAGGGGGCGGGACGAGGCCCGAGAGGCGGGUCCUUCUGCCUACGGUGGCUCGGAGGCGGCAGCGCGCACGGAUGGACGGACCCGCGGAGAGGACGGCGGCAGCCGCGGUGGCGGAUUGCUUCUGAGGCUCCAGAAAGCGACAUGGUUUGCCUGUAGCCAUGCAUCCCUUGGUCGUCAGGGCUGGGCCUGGAUCCGCAUCCUUCUGGACUCUUCCCCUGGAUAAGCAAGCUCCCCCGAAGAGCGCGACCAAGGGAUGGCUUUCCCUUCACUUGAACAUGGAGGCCACAGGGAGAGACGAAGUCGACAAACUGAAAACCAAAUUUAUGUCAGCGUGGAACAACAUGAAAUACAGCUGGGUGCUGAAGACCAAGACGUACUUCAGCAGGAACUCGCCCGUCCUGCUGCUGGGGAAAUGCUACCACUUCAAGUGUGAAGAAGAGAACGAACCCGCUCCUGUCCGGCCGCAGUGGGCGGGGGAGAACGAGCCUGUGGUCGUCUCUGGGAACGUGGAGGAAUUCCGGAGAGACUUCAUUUCUAGAAUAUGGCUGACCUACAGGGAGGAGUUCCCCCAGAUCGAGGGCUCGGCGCUGACCACCGACUGCGGCUGGGGCUGCACGCUGAGGACCGGCCAGAUGCUCCUGGCGCAGGGGCUCAUUCUGCACUUCCUGGGCCGAGCCUGGACCUGGCCAGACGCCCUGGACGUCGACAACUCAGAUUCGGAAUCCUGGACGUCUCACACCGUCAAAAAACUCACGGCCUCCUUGGAAGCGUCCCUCACGGGAGAGAGGGCGCCCCAAGACCCGGCCCCCGUUAAGGAGCCGCCCCGGAGGGGCUCCGAGGACGGGGGCGGGGAGGAGAGCUGCCACCGGAAGAUCGUCUCGUGGUUCGCCGACUCUCCCCUGGCUUGCUUUGGCCUGCAUCAGCUCAUCGAACACGGGAAGAAGUCUGGGAAAACAGCCGGAGAUUGGUACGGCCCCGCUGUGGUUGCCCACAUUCUGAGAAAAGCAGUUGAAGAGGCAAGACAUCCUGAUUUACAAGGAAUAACAAUUUAUGUUGCUCAGGAUUGUACUGUUUACAAGGCUGAUGUCAUUGACAAACAGUGCUCUUCUAUGGGCCCUGAGAAUACAGAAGACAAAGCUGUUAUUAUAUUAGUUCCUGUCCGACUCGGAGGGGAGAGAACCAACAUGGACUACUUAGAAUUUGUAAAGGGAAUUUUAAGCCUUGAAUAUUGCGUGGGCAUCAUUGGUGGAAAACCCAAGCAGUCGUAUUACUUUGCUGGAUUUCAAGAUGACAGUUUGAUAUACAUGGACCCUCAUUACUGCCAGUCUUUUGUAGAUGUCAGCAUAAAGGAUUUCCCUCUUGAGUCAUUUCAUUGUCCUUCUCCAAAAAAGAUGUCGUUCAGAAAAAUGGACCCUAGUUGUACUGUAGGAUUCUACUGUAGAAACAUCCAAGACUUUGAGCGAGCUUCGGAAGAAAUCACCAAGGUACUGAAAGCCUCCUCUCGAGAGAAAUACCCUUUAUUUACUUUUGUCAAGGGUCAUGCCAGAGACUAUGAUUUCACAUGCACUCCAACCAAUGAGGACGACCUUUUCUCAGAAGAUGAAAAGAAAAGAUUGAAAAGAUUUAGCACAGAAGAGUUUGUCUUGCUCUGAGGACAUUUUGCAUCAGAGCAUUUGUAGUCACUCAGAACAUUUCUUUGAAAAUAAAGAAAAAAAAAUAAGAGAGACCUACAACAUAGAAACUGAUCUAUUUUUGUAAAUAUUUUAGGGAUUUUUUUUUAAACGCUCUUUCACAAAAGAGCAUUUGAAAAUAUACAUUUUUAAAGAUGUAUAUAUUUCAGAAAGCGACCGAUUGAAAGAAUCUUUGUUGCUGAUGAACGUCUGGCAGUCCUGGCUAAUAUUGCGGAGUGGCUGGUGGAUGAUCUGUGUGUGUGUGUUUUCCAAAUGAAUCCCCCACAGUCCAAUAGAUCUGGGACCCGUUUACUGUGAGCGGCCCGGGGGUUUGGUUUUGCCCAUCUGUGAUCCUGGAGCCCGAGGCUGCUACACGCCAUCUGAGAUUUAGACUCGUCUCGCUGAUGGACGAGACUGGACAAUUAACCCCUGAUGUCUCCUAGCCUUCCCCUCCACAUGUUAAUGCAGCCAAAGGAUCCAUCCAGGUGUUUCUUGUUCAGUCUGAAUAGCAAUUACUCACUGUAACGGGUGCAAUUAUAGCGGCAGAAUUGUGAGUUAAGAUACUACUUAGCAGUAUGAUUUCAUAAUGGCCACUCCUUCAGCUUAACAUGAAGCCUUCUUAUGAGAGGUGACUGAAAUAUUGGCUUUCUCCCCAUUUUUUAAGAGCGAUGUUAUUAAUAUUAACUGCGCCCAAUCAAGCCAGAUAAAGUCAAUUAUUACGUGGGAACGAUGUUUGUUUCCUGCCUCAGCCAUGUCAUUUUAUUAAGACUCUGCUUGUGCUGCUGUAGCAUUACAAUUUAGGCUGAAAACCUGGAGGGGAGAAGCCAGUAAAUAUCCUUGUUUGGGAGCUGUCCGUCCUCUGGUCUCUCGGCUGUGACUGUAAAUCAGUGUGCAUUUGUGUGGGUGUUCAGUCAUCGAGGUUAUCUACCAGGUAAAUCUUCUUUAAGUAGUAGUAUGCUUUCACUAAGAGCAAAUCUGUGAUUUAAAAGUACCAGUGCUAUUACGGAGCCAGGAUUGUAAAACAAAUGUGUUAAUAAAGAUGUGAGACCAUUAAA